AUGAGCUGCAGCACCAAGCAGACUGUUACUCUCUCUACCAAAGGGAGGAGUAGUGGUGGUAGCUAUGUGGUUGGAGGUGGUGGUGGAGGAAGGACCUCUUCAGUCUCUUCUGGAAGAUAUAGCUCUUGUGGGAUAGGCAGCAGUGGAGGCUUUUCAGGUAGGAGUUACAGUGGUGGAGCAAGUUGUGGAGCGGGACUGAGUGCUGGUAGCUUUUCUGGAGGUAGCUAUGGAGAUGUCUUAGCAGGAGGUCUCCCAGGAUAUGGCUAUGGAGGUUGUUCCAGCAUUGGGUUUGGUGGUGGCAGUACCCGCUGUGGAUAUGGAGGUGGCUUUGGUGGUGUAGUUGGAGGUGGCUUUGGUGGUGUAGUUGGUGGUGGCUUUGGUGGUGGCUUUGGUGGUGGUGGUAUUUGUGGAGAUGGCGCAUUUGUCACCUGUGAUGAAAAGCUGACUAUGCAGAACCUUAAUGACCGCCUGGCUUCUUACCUGGAGAAGGUGCGAUGCCUGGAGGAAGAAAACGCUGCCCUAGAGUGCAAAAUCAGGGAAUGGUAUGCCCAUCAUGGACACACCGGUGUACUAAAGGACUACAACCCCUACUAUAAGACAAUAGAAGAUCUUCAAAAUCAGAUUGUUUGCGCUACCCUAGACAACAACAAGAUCAUUCUGAACAUUGAUAACAGCAGGAUGGCAGCUGAUGACUUCAGACUGAAGUAUGAGACUGAGCUGGCCCUUCGCCAGAGUGUGGAGGCCGAUAUUAAUGGCUUACGCCAAGUUCUGGACGAACUGACCCUGUGCAGGUCUGACCUGGAGGCGCAGCUUGAGUGCCUGAAGGAGGAGCUGUGUUGUCUGAAGAAGAACCAUGAGGAGGAAAUCAAUUGUCUGAGAAACCAGACCACUGGUGAUGUCAGCGUGGAGGUCAAUUCCUGUCCUGGCCCAGAUCUGAAGAAAAUCCUAGAGGAGAUGAGAUGCCAGUAUGAAGCAAUGAUUGCGCAAAAUCGCAAAGAGGUUGAGGAUUGGUAUGAAUGCAAGAUUGAGGAGGUGAAUCGUGAGGUCAUCACAAGCAGUCAGGAGGUUGAGUCGUGCAACAGCCAGGUCUCUGAACUUAGACGUCAGUUGCAGUGCCUGGAGAUUGAUCUGCAAGCCCUUCUUAGCCAGAGGAACAACCUGGAAGCCUCUUUGGCUGAAACCGAAAGUCGCUACAACAGCCACCUGUGCCAGUUACAGCAACAGAUCACCUGUGUGGAGCAGCAACUGGCUGACCUGCGAGCAGAAAUUGAGUCCCAGAACCACGAGUACAAGGUCCUCCUGGAUGUCAAAUGUCGACUGGAGCAGGAGAUUCACACUUACCGCUGCCUGCUGGAAGGAGGACAGCGUGACAUUGUGGGCUCGGAAGGCGGGAUUGGCGUAGGAGGUGGAAUAGGAGGAGGAACGGUCAUUAAAACUUCCCACUGCUACUCUUCAUCUUCCCACUCUCUCCCCCAUGUCACAUCUUGCCACCCUGGUGAUCUAAAAGGACACGGCAGAAAGAUUUGUGACUAAGAAGAGAAACCCGGAAUCUUCCAGUGCAAGACCCAGCGAGCAAAGACCCACCCACGGACAAAGCGAGAGCUCAGCCAGCACAUUCACUGUGCACCUCCACAAAGAGCAUGGAGAAGAGCUCUUCAGAAUUACUCAACGCUUCUAAUGCCAACACUACUGUCCUAAGGGGCCCAUCUAAGCUUUGGUCCACCUUCCUGCCUAUCA